GUCACUAAAAUCCAGGGUAUCGCCUAGAGGCUCCAUUCGAAGGCGACGGCGGUCGUCUGUGUUUGAGUGUGAAAUAAAGAGAAAAGGAGAAACAUAUCUGCUGCAGAGUAAACUAAACAAAGUUCGAACUUUUGACAAAUAUAAUAUUCUUAAUUACCGGACUAGAACCGGUUGGCAUGUGGGGGGAAAACGAGAUAAAUUAGCGAGUAGUUUGAAGAAAUUGUAGCAAGUCUGGUUAAGAGGGGAGCCAUUUUGUCCCGACUGAGGGAAAGAAAGAGUGAAAAAAAAGAAAUAGGAUUGGAAAUAAAUUAAUAACAUAUUAAGAACAAUAGCUCAAAUCUGGAAAAAAAAAAAAAACACCUUGCAACUCCCUUUAAUUUUGUAAUACUAAAUCGAGGAUUUGAGAAGGAAAGUUAUAUUACGAAGCCGUUAAUAUAAAAAGGUUGUUUUUUUUUUCUUCUGUCGGAUCUCAUUGGUUUGUUUUGUUGCUUUUUUUGAACGAGCCAUUAUUUUUAAAUUAUAUCUAUUAAAUGGCGAAGAAGACGUACGACCUGCUGUUCAAGCUACUCCUAAUCGGGGACUCGGGGGUAGGGAAAACCUGCGUCCUGUUCCGCUUCUCCGACGACGCCUUCAAUACCACCUUCAUUUCCACUAUAGGAAUUGACUUUAAGAUCAAAACAGUUGAACUACAGGGGAAGAAGAUCAAGUUACAGAUAUGGGAUACAGCAGGACAGGAGCGGUUUCACACAAUCACAACUUCCUACUACAGAGGUGCCAUGGGAAUCAUGUUAGUGUACGACAUCACAAAUGCCAAAAGCUUUGAAAACAUAAGCAAGUGGCUGCGGAACAUUGAUGAGCAUGCAAAUGAAGAUGUUGAAAGGAUGCUGCUAGGCAACAAGUGUGACAUGGAGGACAAGCGUGUGGUACCAAAGGCAAAGGGAGAACAGAUUGCAAGAGAACAUGGCAUUAGGUUUUUUGAGACGAGUGCUAAAGCAAAUAUCAACAUUGAGAAGGCAUUCCUCACAUUAGCAGAAGACAUACUUCGAAAGACCCCUGUAAAAGAGCCCAACAGUGAAAAUGUAGAUAUUGGCAGUGGAGGUGGAGUAACGGGUUGGAAGAGCAAGUGCUGCAGCUGAACAAGUUUUUCUCUCCAUCUCUAUCUCCUCUCUGUCUCUGUCUGUUUCUCUACUCUGGAAAUAAACCACUUUACCCACUUUUAAUCUUAAUGCCCCAUACCUCCUCGCCCCAUUUUAACCCUCUUUUUGUUCUUCCAUUCAUGACUGCUUGCUGACAGUAUCAUUAUUUCAAAAACAAAUGUGUAGAUAAUUAAAUCAUGUCAUUUCUUUCAUUAUGUACCUUCUCAGACAUGCCACUACAUCCUUUUAUUUUUAUUAUAUUUCUUUGGUUGUAUUAUAGUCAUCUCCUGGUCAACCUCAGCAUAUAUAACACUGGUUUCAAAUCUGCAAAAAUGAUAUCAGAAUAAACAGGUUAGAAUUAACAGUUUUUGUACAAUAGUGUGAUUUCAUUGUCAUUGCAAUUUGUAUACAAGUGCAAGAGUGACAAGAACACUUGUGAAGAACUUGGUUUAACUUCUCUAGGUGGGAUUUAAUUUGUCCUGUGCCUUACGUGGAAUCGAAGGAGCAUUAACUCUGGCCUAAAAGCCAUUGAAGGGGUACAUCAACUGCUCACAAUUGACAGUUUUAGUAUUAAAUUCUUACUGCUUCACAAUGGGUGUCAAUCUUUGACUUGAACUUAAAGUGCAAAAAUUUUGAAUUUCUUGUUCUGAAUAUGAAAAAAAUAUAUACCCAUUUUAUCACAUGAGCAGUUAUUUUACAUUUGUAUUUUUUUUUCUUCAUAACUAUUGCAUGCUGAUUUCUUCCAUUUGGAAACCUUUGUAAAGAUUGCAAAGCUACUCUAAAGAAAUAGCACUAAUUUACACAAUGUGAUAUGGGGGGGGAUAAAGUUUGAAUGGCACUCCUUGGAAAUUCAAACAGUUUUGCAGAUCAAUUAAAAUUAAGCUUGUUUAAGUUAA